AUGGACGCGAGUUUCACCGUCAUAGCCAACGUCAUAGGAUUGAGGCGGGAGGACGUGGUGUCUGCGACAACCCAACUACUCCUGCACGAGCAGCGCAUGUCCCCUGGCGGGAAAGCAGAGGCAGGUGGCAGCAAGACCGCUCCUCGAACCCCACAGCGUCCAUCGGGUCGCAAGAGACGGGACGACAGCAGUCCAGAGGAGGAGGGAGUACGCAACGCCACCCGGAUUGCUCUGGCCUCCUCGUUUGCUGCAUGUGACACGCCCGCGCGCAUUUUGCCGAACCCGCUCUUGGCGCACGGAACCAUACCUCACUUGAUGUUCACACGCGGGAGACAGCUGACAGGGGUUACGGUGCCGACAGGGGAUGCGUGGGGAGAUACGCGAGCGCCUGAGACGGUGAAGGCCGAAGCAGACCAAGAUCUGGUUUCAGAUACAGACGACGAAGACGAGGAAGACGACGCGAGUGCCACCAAGUAUACCGGAGUGAAGAUAGAGAAGGACUCUGGCAAGUAUGGUGUGAAGAUCCUGAUGAAGGAGGGCAGGAAGCGGAAGCAACAGCGCCUGGGAGCGUACACCUCGAUCGACGAGGCGGCAUACGCUUACGCCGCAGCUGCGUGCGUGCUCAGGCCGAGAGACAAGAUACCCAACACAGUGAACCUGACAACUCAUGAGAAGGGGCUGCUGUGUGGAUGCACCAAAGACGAUCUGCAACUCCUUGUGGAAGCAAGGAAGUGGUGGAGGUGGAGGAGCUGGCGGGAUGCGCUCGAGGGCGUCAGCAGCAAGCUGAAACGCGGAAGGAAGCGGGGAAGUGCCAGAGGUGUGGUAAAGAGGCAGAGGGUGGGAGACAGCAACGCCACAGGGGCGAACGAACCAGAUGACCCCGACAAUGCUGAGAGUGGGGGAACAACUCCUGUCAACAACGAUAAAGGCGAUGGUACGAAGACCACGGACCAAGGAGACAAGGGCGGAGCUCCUUCCGAGGACCAAGUCGGGGAUGAUGACCUUUCGGCGUCAUUCGGGGCGGAGUAG